AUGGCUUCGAAGAAGACAGACGAUGAGCCCUUGCAAACUCGCCAACACAAUGACGAGGCACCUCUCAGUAUCGUACUCAGAGAUUUCGUCAACAUGAAAAACAACCGAAGGGCUACUGUCAUGACGCGCUUCACGGUCGUCCUUUACAUGUGCUGUUCGAUCUUGGUGUAUCUUGCGUUUUCCAAGGGCCACGCCGAGAGCUGCUAUGGCUUUUGCGACAAACUGACCACGACUAGUCGGUUUUCUUCGUCACCUUCUGACUCUGGCGACGAGCUCCGUGAAAAACAGCCCCUGCCGUCCUUUGCGAAUGGGGGUAUCAUCUUUUGGCUGCACGUGCCAAAGACAGGCGGUGUGACAAUCAGAAAAGCAUUGCAACGAGGAAACGGCCAAUAUUUGCUGGCGGAUGACCGACGAAAGUUUGACGAGCACAAGAAGGCUCUUGCAAAGUAUCUCAAGUAUGGAACCGAUGGUCAAGUCGUGGUUUUUGAAUUGCAUGCUUAUGAUAGCCCACCGCUGUUCGAAAUGAGGGAACGGCUCCAUCGAUGGCGAGAGAUCGCGGAACGAAGUAAUGUGCCCUUUUUCGCCUUUACCGUCCUGAGAGAACCAGUGUCGUUCGCCCUGAGCUUUUUCAACUUCUUUCACGGCAUGGAUCAUGGAGACGAGCACUUUGAAUACUACGAGACAGCCAAUGAAUUUGACCUUUUGAAUCACGCAGUGGUUAAUCCACAGUGCGGCUUCUUGGUACAAGGAGAUGUGAUCUUUCACAACAAGAUGGCGCAGCAAACUGUUGUGCUGCCUCUUUGCAAGGCUGCUUACGAAACUCUCUGGGAGGAAAUGGACUGGGUUGGUACAACAGCCUCACUUAGCAACGAAACUUUUCCCUUGCUUAGGUCAAUUGUGAAAUCGAGUCGAACCAAUGGCGACGCAAACCAUUUGCUUGCACAAAACAUUCGACACCGAAACAAGUCACCGGAUAAGGUGACCAGAUCGGAUCUUGGUCCAAGAAGUAUAGAUCAGAUUCGAAUGAUGACACGAUGGGAUCAGACAAUGUACUACAAUGCACAACGAGACUUUCCUUUUGACAAAAUGCAACUUGUGGAAGACCAGAAGCCACCUCAGAGAUCGACUGGUAGGCGACGUCCUCUGUAA